AUGGCGGCCGAGGCGGCGGUGUGCAGGUCGGUGUGGGACGGUGCGAUCCCCGUGCGCGUGGUGCUGGACAGCAAGGAAGUCGCCGUGUCGUGCCCGCCCGACGCGCUCUAUCUGAUGGUGCGGCGCAUGUCGUUCCUGCCGCUGCUCCUGCCUGCGCUCGCCUUGCACUUCCACCCCUUCCUGCCGCCCGGCCACGACACCGUGUGGCUCGACUUCAACGGCUUGCCCCUCAAAUGGAACAUCUGGUGUGGAGUGCUGUAUGACCUGCUGUGCCCCGAGCAACAGCUGCCCUGGAACCUCACGGUGCACUUCCGCUCGUACCCAUCGGACGUGCUGCUGCCACUGGACCACCCGGACACGCUCCCUCACACCUACAUGCACGCGCUCAAGCAGGCAGUGAGUGUGCUACAGGGCAGUGUCAAGGCCAUAAUGCAGCUAUCCCAGGCGGACCAGUCGCACCUCUGGGCUGCUGUUGCAUCAGGCGAUCUGGAGUCUUUUCAGCGUGUGCUAUCACUGCUCAACAUCCCUCUCUUCCGCCCACCGCUCUCCAUCUCCUCCUCCCCGUCGCUGCGCUCGCUUGCCCUCCAGCACGCCACGCACCCUCUCAGUUCCUCACAAGCCGUCAGUCCAGCGUCCACCUCACCACCUCUCCCACCAGUCCCCAUGCGCCUCCUGCUGCGCCGCGGGGUGCUGCCCUCCACACCCCCCUCCACCGCUGCUGCGCCCCACCACCACCGCCACCGCACAGCAGGCGCGCCCACAGACGCAGGCGCACCAGCGGGAGGGGCGGGGUUGGUGGUGGAGGUGGGCGAGGUGCGGAGCUGGCGCGAUGUGGACAUGGCCAUGCGCGUACUGCCAGGGGGGGGCGCGGAGCAUGCAGGAGCGCAGGCAGGCACCGCAGUGGAAGGUAAAUGCAGUGCUGUGUCCCAGCUGUGCCCAUCUCGUUCCCAUGACAGGACCAUUCACCAUAGCAUCCCCGUGUGUGUUGAUCCCCAAGCGUCACUGCGCCCUCCCUCGCCCGCCCUCCCCACAGAGGUGACCAUCGGUGCGGCGCUUGCGGCGGCGCUGCCCCAGCUGGCCUCGUGCUUUGCCCAGCGGCCCGUGCAUGCCACGGCUGCACCCGAGCAAGUGCCGGCUGCCGCUCAGGAGAAUGCAGCAGGCAGUGCAGCAGCGGAAGCGGGGCCAACAGUAGCAGAGAGAGACGCAGAGCGUGGAGAAGAGGGGAGCGAACGAGAAGAGCAAGGCGGAGGGAGGGAGGUUGUAGAUGAUCAACCAGGGCAGGCGGUGCAGCCAGACGCAGAGGGGGAGGGUGGGCCUGGAGCUGCCAGUGCUCCAGGUGGUGCUGCUGCGAGUGGCGGUGGGGAUGGCAGCAGCAGUGGCGGUGAGGAUUUGAGCGUACUGUACCCCGUUGCGCAUAAAAGCUGCCCCGCCCACCCCUCGCAUUGCGACCACUGGUCUCUUUUUCCAUUGCGUUUGUAUAUACGAACACCAUACAUUGGGGACGCCUCUCACCACUCACACCACCCGCAUUUCCGCCGUGCGCCUGCACCACGCCCGUUGCACCGGCCCUCUCGCAUCCCAUCCCGCGCCAUGGAAUACGCCGACGCCGAGGUGUGCGUCGACGCGCUCUUCGCGUGCCCCCCCAUCGACCCCUUCCCGCUCGACUUCCCCCUCGAUCCCUUUCCCCCGCCCACUUCCUUUCCCUUCGACUCAACUCCCUUAGACGCGGCGUCGCUCUUCGACGCGUGUUCCGGGGCCUUCCCCGACGACCAUCAACAUCACCAUCUCCCUUGCCGCGAUUCCCUCUCCGCCGACCUGCCCAUUCCCCCCGCCGUCGCCGCUCCCCGCUCGCCCGUGCGCCACCCGUGCCCGUCGCAGCAGCUCCACCCGCCGCCCGCACUCACCGCGGCCUCCGCCUCAUCCCUCCCCCGAAGCCCCGCGUCUCUCAUUUCCGCCGCGGCCCUUCCCGAAACACUCGUGUGCGCCAGCAGCAACGGCAGCGGGGGCGCGGAGGGGCGGGAGCAGGCGGGGGGAGGCGGGAAUGAAGCGGCGACCGCGGAAGAGUUCGAGCAGCCAUCUCGCGGCGCAGCGGCGCCACUGCACGGCGGCGUCGCGCCGCCGCCCGCGGCGGCCUCCGCCAAUUCGGACGCGCACAGCUACGCGCGCGCAGCUGCUCCGCGCGGCGGUGCUGCAUCUCCCGCGGCUCCGCGCGGGAGCGCCUGCCGACCCGCGGACCUGACGGGGCGACUGGCGGCGGUGCUCAAGGGACUGGCGGAGGGCGCGCGCGACGGGGACAGGCGCGCGGCGGAACUAGCUCGAAGCGCCGCGCGAAGUGAUGGGCGAGGCGGGGCGGAGGCGCGGGGAGACGCGUGGGGGGUGACGGGGGCAAAGAGGGACGUGGAUGGGCGGCGGGGCUGGCGUGAGGCGCGGAGUGGCGCGGUGGAUGGGGAGCGGCGGAAGAGAGCGUGCGUGGGGAGCAUGGCGGACGAGGGCUCGCGGGAUGGAGGGGCCGCGCGCGUGGGCGGGGCGGCGGUGGCAUGUGCAGCGCAAGGCGGGGUAGCAGCAGCAGUGAUGGCGGGGGAUGCGGAGGCAGCAGGUAUGGCGGAGCAGGCAGCGGCGCUGGCAGGCGCAGCGGCACAGGAGGGCGCGGCGCUGCUGGCACACGCACAGACGAUGGCAACAGUGGGGCGGGCAGCGCAUAGAGGGGGAGAGGGAGAGUCAGAAGAGCAGAGAGGGCGGUCAGUGUGGGCGCUUGUUGAGGCGGCGCAGCAAGACGGCGUGCGCGGCGAGAGGGCGCUGAGUCCCGCGCACACACGCAGCGCAGCAGCGGCAGACGCAGUGCAAGGGGACACAUGUGCCCUGUGGUGCACCCCCCCUGUGUCUCGACGCCUGCAGGUGUCGUGGGCGGGUGAUGGCGUGGCAGCGGGCAGGAUGGGGGGCGCGCGGCAGGAGGCGGAGGCAGUGCGCGUGCGGAACCUGGUGAUGGCGCUGGGGGAGGCGCACGCCACUCAUGACACCCUGCGCCUGCGCUGUUUCACGCGGCGCCUGCAGCAGCAGGCGAGCGCACAGGGGACGGCGGCACAGCGUGUGGCAUGGCUCUUCCUGGCCGCCCUGCAUGCACGCUCCCAGGGCUGUGCUGCUGUCACGUGGCUAGACCCCGUGGUCGUGGAUGGACAGGCGUUGGCACAGGCACCACCGGCGUACGGGCAGGUGGAGUGGGCGCUCUACAGCUUCGUGCACGUCGCUUCCGCCACCGAGCUCUCCCUCGCCCUCUCCCGCGCCUGGGGCCAUGCACGCUCGCUGGGGGCUGUGGGGGCCGCAGGGGAAUCUGUGCACGUGCAUGUGACGUGCAUAGACCUGGAGGUGGUGCGCAUGGCGGGCAUGGCGCAUGGCGCGGAGCAGCUGCACAUGGUGGGGCAGGUGCUGGCGGGCAUCGCGGACAUGGUGGGGCUGGGCUUCUCCUUCCACGCCCUCCACGUGCACGCCCAUGAGUUCUCCCCCCACAUGGUGCAUGCUGGCCCACGCCGUUGCCGCAGGCGACCACCAGGGACCGUGGGGGUCCCGGGGGUGGCGGAGGAGGGUCUGUUGGCGUUUCCAGAUGCCACAGUGCUUAGGAGCAAUCCCAGGGAUGCCAUCAUUAAAUGGAUGCACAGCCUGCGGCCGCGCCUGGUGCUGUUGUCGGAGGUGGACGCGCGCCUGAACACGCCCUUCUUCCUCGCGCGCUUUCACGAGGCGCUGCGCUUCUUCCCCGCGUUCCUCGACGCGCUGCACCACACCGUGCCGCCCGCCUCGCCGCUGCGCGCGCUGCUGCAGGGCAUGCUGCUGCGCAAGCUCGUCAACUGCGUGGGGUGCGAGGGCGCGCAGCGAGUGGUGCGGCCGGAGAGCAUGGAGCAGUGGCAGGAGCGAAUGGAGCGCCUGGGGUUUGAGCGCGUGCCGCUGAGUGAGGAGACGGUGGGGAACAUGCGCGCGCUCACAGAGUGCAAGGAUGGGCGGUUCGGCAUUGAGGAUGCACAGGGGGCUGCUCGGCUGACUUGGAAGGGAAGCCCUAUCAUGGCUGUCGGUGCCUGGAGGGCUAGGCAAAGAAGUCAUCUUACAGGAAAUCAGGAGUCUAUUAAUGAUGAGAGGGGUCGAGGAGCGGAACGCGAGGGGUCACAGCAACGCGUAUCCGCCAUCCAUCAAUUUGCUUUCCGCCGUACUGCCAGCCGGCCUUCAGAUCGCGACUCAGCCGUCGCCAUCGCAAGUCUUCUAUCUCCCGCAUCCAGGCUCUCAGCCCUCUCCGCAAGUGAACCCCGCCGCUGCGAGUUUCGCCUUCAGUCCAUCCAUUGUCGGCUCGAGCGCUGUAACGCCAUCGCUGAUGCAAGCAUCCGUUUCCGCGCCUUCCAAUUCAGCCUCCGGUCUGGUCGGCCAGUGGACAGUCAUGUCUGUCCCUUCCGGGUCGCUCGUAGCGGCUCCUACCGUCUCCUCAACUAUCCAACCGUUGCGGCUGAAUUCAUCGUCGCAUCCGUUACUGCUGUCAAACCCUUCGCAAUCGUCGCAUCUUCCGCUGUCGUCACACUCUUCGUCUCUCUUAAACCCGUUUCUAACAUCGCAGCCAUCGCAGUCGUCUCACCCCGUUAUAUUGUCACAGCCCACCGGGUUGUCUUAUGUGCAGGGUCGGCGUCGAUGCGGAAUCUGUACAGCAUGGCGUGGGCCAGUGGCGUGUGUAGCUGGGACGAGAUGGAAGGCGAUGUGGACCUCGGGCUUGGUCUGGUUGAUGCUGGCGCGACGGAGGGGAGAAGGAGCGGGAAGGAGCAGGGGACGGAGCUGGAGACGAAAAAGGAGUUGGGGGAUAAGGCGAAGGAGAAGGAGAAAGCGAAGGAAAAGGAGAAAGGAAAGGAGAAUGAGAAGGAAAAGGAGAGGGAGAAGGGAAAGGAGGAGGAGAAGGGGAAGGAAAACGUGAAGGGGACGGAGAAGGAGAAGGAGAAUGAAAAAGAGAAGGAGAAGGGGAAGAAGGAGAAGGAGAAGGGACUGGAGAAGGAGAAGGAAAUGGAGAAGGAGAAGGAUGCAGGGAAGGAGGAGAAGGCAGUCGUGAAAGAAACGGACACAAAGAAGGAAAAGGAGCAGGAGACGGAUAAGGGCGCAAAGGCAAAGGAGGAGGAGGGGAGACAGAAUAGGGAGAUAUCGAGUAAGGAGAGGAAGAAAGAAAAGAGGAAGCUGUUUAGGAAGCAGAAGAAGGAGAAGCUGAGGAAAGAGAGGGAGGAGAGGGAGAAAAGGGAGAAGGAGAAGGAGAAGGAGAAGGAGAAGGAUAAACGGGAGAGAGAGAUCAUGUGCACAGCAAAACGGCAGGUGGCAAUGAUGCCGGCAGCACAGCUAGGCGUGGUGCAGCCUGUGAUUCUGCUGCAACCGGUCGCCGCUGCUGCUGCUGCUGCUGCUGUUGCUGGUGCUGGAGCUGGUUAUGGGAAGAUUGUGCAUGGAGACAAGGAAGAGGAGCAAGGGAGUGAGCGCGAGGAGGGGGAAAUCGAGGAUGAGGAGAAUGGCGGGCACAGGGACAAGGAGGAGUGGGAGGCAGCAAGAGGUAGCGGCAGCGACGCAAGGAGAGCAGGGGCGAGAGAAGCAGCACCGCGUGCUGCCCUGCGUGCUGAGGAGCAAGCGCGCGCAUUGGUGCCCCAUGGAGAGGAGAGUGUGUCGUGCGGGGGGAGCGUGGCGACAGGAGGGGACGUGCGGGGCGAGGAUGGCAGGGACGCAGCAGGAGGCGGUGGGGGGCAGGUGGUGGGGCGGAGGAGAGGCAGGGAUCCGAGGGUUCCCGUCGUGCAGUCACAAUCAGGGCCUGCUUCAGUGGAAGAGGAAGGGUGGGCUAAGAUGGGGGCGGAAGGGGUGCCUGAGCAGCGUGUCUCAGACACACGGUGGGAUGCUAACUCACGGCAAGGCACUGAUGGGCGCAAAGGCAAUGCAUUUGCAUGGCAGCAUGGUGAUGUGUUGGAGGAGCGGUUUAGCGAUGGGGAGGACGAAGAAGAAGAGGAUGCUGGUGCCGGCAGCAAAGUGGAGGUAGUAGCAGGGGCGGAGCAGCGAGGGGAGGUGGCGGGGAUAGCAGCGGAGAGGCAGCGGCGCAUGGCGGAAACAGAGAGCAUGGUGGCUGCGGGCAAGCUGUGCCUGGUGCUGGACCUCGACCACACCCUCCUCAACUCCGCCAAGUUUUCUGAGAUCGGCCCCGAGUGGGAGGAGCAGCUGCGGCACAUGGAGGCCCGGGACAAGCAACAGAGCAAGCAGCAGCAGGCGCAGGAGCAGGGGGGCGGGGAGGGCAGUGCAGGGGGCGGGCAGGAGCUGUACCGGUUCCCGCACAUGGGCAUGUGGACCAAGCUGCGCCCCGGUGUGCGCACCUUCCUCCACCGCGUUGCGGCGCUGUUUGAGCUGCACGUGUACACGAUGGGCAACCGGUGGUAUGCCUCUGAGAUGGCGCGCAUCCUGGACCCCCACGGCACGCUCUUCCACUCCCGCAUCAUCGCCAAGGGCCUGCAGGCUCCCGCCACCCUCUCCUCCUCCUCCCCUGCUGCUGCUGCCACCGCUGCAACGCCUCCUGCAGCUGCAGGGGAUGCGGCGGGGGCAGGGGCGGGGGGAGGGGGGCAGGGCGUGGUGGCACGGAGCAAGGAUCUGGAGGGCGUGCUGGGGAUGGAGUCGAGUGUUCUUAUCGUGGAUGACUCGUCCUCCGUCUGGCCUCACCAUGCCCGCAACCUCAUCCUCGUUGAACGGUACACGUACUUCCCGCACAGCCGGCGCAGCAUGGGGCUGCCGGGGCCAGCGCUGAUGGAAGUGGGGCAUGACGAGAGGGCCGCAGAUGGCAUGCUCGCCUCCAUCCUCACUGUCUUGGAGCGCAUUCACGGGUCAUUCUUUGCGAGCAGGCAGCGGGGCAUGCAGCAGCAGCACCUGGACGUGCGCAGCAUACUGGCGGAGCAGCAGCGCCGUGUGCUCGCCGGCUGCUGCAUCGUCUUCUCCCGCAUCUUUCCGGUGGGCGAGGCGAAUGCGCGGUCGCACCCGCUGUGGCGCCUGGCAGAGCAGUUUGGGGCAGUGUGCUCGCUCACUCUCUGCGAUGCCGUCACACACGUGGUUGCACUCGCACUCGGCACUGAUAAGGUGACGUGGGCACUUAACUCCGGCCGGCAUGUGGUGCGCCCAGGAUG